AUGGCUCAACACCCGUCGCAUUGUGUCUCCCUCUCUGAAGUCGUCGUGCUGCCAUCUCCCUCUCCUUCACUCGUCGCACCUCUGUUUCCAUCCCUCAACCCUCCUCCUCGCCACCCGUCAGUGCCGACUGUCAGCCACGUUCAGCAUUUGCAGUGCCGUGGUAUUGAUGGUGGUGCUCUAAAGCCAACAGAUAUUGACACAUUAUGGGUUCAUGUCACUUGUGCUUGGUUUCGGCUUGAAGUGACUUUUGCUAGUGAUGAGAAGAUGGAGCCUGCUUUGGGUAUUCUUAGUAUUCCGUCAAGUUCUUUUGUUAAGAUUCGUGUUAUUUGUAAGCAAAUUCAUGGUUCAUGCACACAAUAUUGCAAAUCUUCUACUUAUUUCCAUGCCAUGUGUGCAUCAAGGGCUGGCUACCGAAUGGAGUUGCACAUUUCGGAGAAAAAUGAUAAACAGACAACAAAAAUGGUUUCCUAUUGUGCUUAUCACAGGUAUAGAAUCUUCAAUUACAACAAAAGAGACAAUACUUUCUUCUUUGUCCCUUUAUACGGUUUCCUUUUCAGAGUUUGCUUUUGCCACAAUUUUUACUCUUUUUUGAAUUCCUCAAGUAUGAAUUUAAGAUUCAUUUGA